ACGAGACGUCGUCGUCAUCAUUGUGGAAGAAGAAGAAGAAGAAGACUUCUUCCCAAGUCAUGAAUCGCCUUGAGUAUCUCCUUCAUCAGAACCCAGUGAAGGUGCAGUAGUUCAACAACUCGACAAGCCUUUGCCACCCUAAUCAUCGCAAUCUUCAUCCGUCACAUGAACACAUCGGAAGUUGGGCUUGAAAAAGAUGACAUUUUGAGGCACGAUGUCUGAUUCAACCAAAGACAACAACGAGAGCAAUGGAAAAAAUGCCGCUUCAUCCUCCUCUCCGGCUCCAUUCGAUCCAGCCACAUUGCUGUCUCUCUACAGCAUGCAGUAUUCGGGUUUGGGAGCCUUUGGAGGCUUUCCCGGAUUUGCCAGUGCGGUCGCGGCAUCCACUGCGGCGGCUUCCACUGCAAUUUCCUCAUCUACUACCACAUCACUGGCAGGCAGCACAUUAGGCGUGGCUGCUUCCCAAGCCGCAUCCUUGGGUAUGAACCAAGCAAGUGCAGCUUGGUGGACCAUGGCCUCUCAGCUGGCGGCGCAGGAUUAUCUCUCUCGCAUCCAAGCGGCCUCACGAGAUCCCUCGGCUUACGCUGCACUGGCGGCUCAGGGGGUUCUUCCAAAUUACGAGAUGCUCUCUCAAGGCAGCAAGAGUAGGAGUAAAGCUGGCAAUGGUGGUGGUAGUGGUGCUCAGUCUCCAACACCGAGUGGCAGUGCUGGAAAACAAAAGUCGAGUGGAAGAUCGUCUCCCUCGGGAUCUGCGAGCCCGUCCAUGCUGGAUUCCCUAAGAUUGCCUUCGGAUACGGAGAUCAUCAAGUACACCUCCUCGUCAGCGGGUCCCAAGGUUCCGGGCACUACGAAUCGAGGUCGUAAAAAGACCAUCUCUUUGGAUCCAUCCACUAGUCCCCCCACGUCUCUCCCGUCUGGGCUCACUAUUGAGCGGAAAAAGCCGGGACGCAAAUCUACGAGCAACAAUGCCGUCCAUGCCGAGGAUCGAGUGGAAAUUACCAAGAUCCCCGUAGCCCCUGGCUCCAAUGGAUCCUCCGGACUACCCAAAGACUUCUCCUUCCCAAGAUCUCACGUGGACGAACCUGCCAGUGUUGGCGAUUCCCCAUUAAAUCUCUCCAUGAAGUCCUCUGGAUCAGGGGCGCCUUCAGCCAGUGACUUACUCAAGGGCCUGUCGGCCUCCAAAAUUCCACCUGAAUACUAUGCCAGUCAAGCAUUGAGCGGGGUUUUCCUUGCUGAACAAAUACGACAGCAGCAACUUGCGGCAGCUUUAGAAUCACGUCUCACUCAAGAUCGUAGUGCGGCAUCAGCCAAUCUCAUGCAGACUUUGUUGAUCAAUAAACUCACAGAGGCGGGCACCGGUGUGACCGCAUCUGAAACAUCAAAAUUGCUGGCAAUUGCCGCUGCAGCAGCUGCCAACGGGUCAGAUAAGUCGUCUUCGUCGUCCUCCUCGGCCAGGGUCGUGAGUAAGAAUGGUCGUGGGUCAAAGAAGUCGCAAGAUAAAUUCGGAACCGUGGCUGCACUCUUGGCCGCCUCCAAAGAAAGGAAUCGUUUGACAGCUGAGGAACUUGAGGCUGCGGAGAAGUCCAUGAACUCUAACCCAGAGCUCACCAUCGAGCCAAUCUUUCGGUCCUUGAAACCUGACACUAGGUUUGACAUCUCGGAUAAUGGCCGUCGUUUUGCUACGGACGUGGUGGAUGGGAAGGUACAAAUCAAGACCGUGAGUGAUUCCCCAGAGAUCCGGAACCUCAACGACCAAGGCCAUCCGGGAGAUUUCAGUGAUUCCGAAAUGGACGGCAACAACGAUGCUUCGAAAUCCAAUCCUGGUCGUUACGCCACGGUGGAAACCAAUGAACUCCGUCUGCCCUUGAAAAUGGGUUGGCGAAGGGAAACCAUGGUCCGAGAAUAUUGCAAAUCUGGGGUUCGCGGAGAUGUCAGUUAUUAUGCGCCUUGUGGGAAAAAGUUCAAACAGUACCCUGACAUCACUAGGUACCUGGAGAGAAAGGGCUGCAAAGACCUUCAAAGAGAGCAUUUCAGCUUCAGCACCAGAAUUUUUAUUGGAGAUUUCUUCAAGCCCACUGGCCAGAUGAUGGAAAAUGGCGAAGAGAAGUAUAUUCAACUCAAUGAGGACGACAUGAUCCGUGAUGUGGAAAAAAUUCGAAAAGAAAAUGGGUGGAAGCCGGUUCGAAGGACAACACCCUCCGAAUCCGGAUCUAGAUCCAAGAAGAAAUCGGCCAAUGUUGAGGCAAGCAAACCCAACAGUAAUGCCGCUCCAAUGAGCAACAUGGGAAAUAUUGCGGCUGUUUUGGCCAAUCCCAAUUUGACUCCGGAGCAACGCAUGUUGAAACUUCAGGAGGAACUUCAAUUGUCAGGCAACGCCAUGAAUCAUCAAGAACAAGUCAAGCUGCAAAAGGAGGCGUUAAAGUUCUUGAAGGAGGCUGAAAAGUAUGAGAAAAUGGAACAAGCCAGGAGGGAAAAGGAAGCCAAGCAACAAUUGCUUCUGGCUGAAAAGAAGAAGAAGCAGGAGGAGCUCCUUAGACAGAAAGCCGAAGAGAAUUUAAAGAAAGAACAAAGGAGACAGCAAGCCGAAUUGGAACGAGAAAGACGUCGCCAACACAUGAUCCUGAUCAGACAACUCGAAGGGAAAAAGAGAAAUGAUGAACGGGAAAAACGAAAAGAGGAAUUCAGGAUCGAAAGGGAAAAAGAGCGGGAACGAAAAGUGGAGCAGAAGAGGAUUGAAAACGAGAUCCUAACCGAGCUCAGAAAACCCAUUGAGGAUAUGUGUCUCGAAGAUCUCAAGCCUUUGCCUGAGCUCAAACGUAUCGAAGGGCUGAAAUUAAGUGGCGAGGCCUAUGCUAAUGUCCUCAUGGUAUAUGAGUUCCUGCAUAAUUUUGGCGGUCGUCUUGGUUUUGAUACGGAAUCCUUGCCCACCUUGUCCGACCUACAAGCGGCUCUCUUGAAUGACCCCGAGGCCGAGGAGGAGCUCCUCUCAGUGCUUAUUCACUUGGUGGUGUGUGCCAUUGAUGACCCGGGAAUUCCCACACCUCACAAACACUUGACGAUCUUAGGCCAGAAUCUCAGGGUGGCCGAUAUUACCAAUACGAAUGUGUCAGAAAUCCUGAAGCUCUACCUCACGGCUCGAGGCCAAGUCGAGGUCAAGCAUCUUCACGGCCUUGUUCCACCCGAGACACACUCGGCAAAGGACAGAAACAAAGAGAUCCCUUACGAUAAGGCCAAGAUGGCCGAAUUCAAUCGCCUGCUCAAGCAGACUCGCGCUUAUGAAAUGGCCCAGUGGGUGAAAGAGCGACCAUUUUUGUGUCUCAAUCCUACGGCCAAGUCUGAGAUCAUGGCCUUUGUGUGCAACGAGUUGCUCUGCAACCGAUCUAUCAUCCACCAAGUGGACAUGAACGUCGAAAAGGCCAACAAAGCCAGAAAGAUCAAGUUACUCUUGGAGACCAAAGUGAAAAAGUUAAGGUUUCUUUACAACCGGAAAUUCAAGACUCAAGUGAUCGUGGCUAAAUUGGAAGAAGCUGAUCAAUCCACCAACAUGUCCAACACCGGUACCCUUAUGGAAUCUGAGUGUGCGUCUGAAGCUGCAUCCACCAUCGGCGAAGACAAAGAGGAUGACACCAUGUCCAUGGUAUCCGACAACGAUACCACUGUGACGCCGGCCAAGAAAGGGCCUCAAAAAGGCAAAAGAGGGAAGAAGGUCAAGCCAGCUAAGAAGGGCAAGAAGAAAUCCCUCCCGCCCCCUCCUCCCCCUAAAGAAGAAGAAGAGGAGGAAGAAGAAGAGGACGACCACCUUAGUGAAGCCGAUUUGGCUGACUUGGAGGAAGAUGGAGAGGACGAUGACAAACUCACCCAAGAAGAGCUCCAGAAAAAAAUCGAUCGAACUGUUAAGUUGUACAUCAAGAAGAAGGAAGAGGCCAUCUUCACCAACAACUCGAUGAGGGUCACAGACCUUGGUCAAGAUCGUUAUCGCCGACGAUAUUGGCACAUGGCUCAUGCUGGAGGAGUGUAUGUUGAGGCAAUGGAGUCAUGUGAACCUUGGAAAUUGCCUCACAAAGGCAUGGCUCAUGAGAAGAAACGCUGUGAUGAUACCAGAGACGAUAGCGAUGAGCCGGUGCCCAAGAAACCGAAAUUGGAGUGUCUCUUUGAUAUCAAGCCCCCGAUUCUCCCACUUAAUAUGGACCAAGUCCAACCCAAACAAGAGAUCUGGGAGAGCAAACUGGAGAAUGGGGAGACUCGCACCACUCUGAACAUUCCAAAAAUCCAAGAAUCAGACAACGAAAAGGCAAAACGAUGGGAGACUGAAGAGGCCCUAAAGAAAUUAGGCAGCGAAAUCUUGGUAACUCCCAAGAUGGAUGCCAAGAACGGGGUUGAUGAGCCUCGCACACCGAUUGUGACGCCAAAUGCUGAAAAAGUCAAUCUAUUCAACCAUUCGUCGUCGCAAAACAUGACUUUGUCCCCCAUGAUCUUAAAUGGGUCUGUAACAAUCACCCCCAAAUCCGAGCCCAAUUUCUUGACGAGUACUCCACUGAUGAAUCCUCAUUCAGUGGUCAGUCACCAUAGUGUGUCUUUUGAUCAUCCUUGGUUUUCCAUUCUUCCUUUGAAUAAUCCUGCGGACAAUUCGGCAAAGUUCUUGGGACUGAAGCAAGAAGGCUUAUCCACACUAGACCGGACCAAGGCCUUGCUCCAAGCUCAAUGCCCAGUGAAUCCUCAGAUUGCUCUCCUUGAACUCAAAUUGGAUCGCUUGCGGAAGGACAACUUCGGCAUGGAACGUCAACCUAUUCCUGAUGAUGUCAGUCGAGGGUGGUGGCAUAUCACUGAUCCAGAGCAAAUCUGUGAGUUGGAGAAAAAGUUUCAUCACCGUGGGGCUCGAGAGCAACAACUCCAGCAAAAUAUGCGCCGGACAAUGGAUUUCUGCAAAGAUCCAGAUUUCAACAAAAAGCCUCUAGCUGAAGACGUUGUCAUGGACCUUGAGGAUGUUGAGAUCAACGAGGACAUUGAAAUGCUUCCUGGUGACAUUCCCGCUCCGGAUAAACCAGGAUCGUGGUCGAAAGAGGUGGCCUUACGAGUCGACAAAUAUAUUCUGGAGCAAGUGGAGGCCUUGGAAGACAAAGUGGCCGCAGCUUCUAUGCAGGUGCCGGGUUGGAAGUUGCCGAACCGUCCCGACAUCGAGACUCGAAGUUUCCGGCCAUCUUGUGAACCUGUUUCCGGUCCAAAUGACAAAAGAGCUGAUCCCAUUGAGGAGGCUCGGCAAAGACUUCUGGAAUUGGAGGCCAACAUCGAGCGCCGCUAUUUGAAAGCUCCGUUGGGAGUGAGCAAUUCGGAAGUGUCUUUGGAGACCAUCACGUCUUCUGCUAGCAAGCCUCCUCCCACCACUACAGCCCCAUCUGCAACGGCUCCCGUGAGUCGUCGAACCACCAACACAUCCUUGAAUAUCAGUAAGGAACUCAGUGAGAAUAAGAAUUCUGACGAUAAAGAGAAUGAACAUGCCAAUGAGGAUGACAACGGAGAUGAAGGGGAAGAGAUGGGAGAGGACGAAGAGGACGAAGACGAUUCCCCGCAACAAUCCCCAACUAAGAAGUGCAAUCUUCCCCGCGGCUUGGUCGUAUGGCGAAAAGGAGUGGAAAUAGCCAAGACUGCGGCUCAACUAGCUAUGGGCUUCUAUGUUCUGGAGACUUCGAUUGCGUGGCACAAAUCCAUCAUGAAGGCGUAUUGUCAACUUUGCCAUAGUGGAGACGAUGAGGAAUCGUUGUUGUUAUGUGACGGAUGUGACAAAGGGUACCACAUGUAUUGUUUCAAGCCGGCCAUUACCCAAAUUCCGUCCGGCGAUUGGUAUUGCUACGAGUGCAUCAACAAGGCCACCGCUAGCAAACACUGUCUUGUGUGCGGAAAGUUGGAGGGAAAAAAUCUUGUGCCGUGCACUUCUUGUCCAAGAGCGUACCACACGGAAUGCUUAUCGCCGGCUUUGUCAAAGGUUCCUCGUGGCAAAUGGCAAUGCCCGGGCUGCAAUCAAAAGACACCCAAGAAGAAGGUACCCAAGAAGCUUAAGAUCAUCGUGGGAAAUCCGGAUGAUUCAAACGAUUCCAAUUCUGUGAUCAGCACCACGAUUCCUUACAACGCUGAGAAGGAAGAGUCUUUGGACGAGAAACCUCCUCCAGAAAAGAAGGCCAAAAAAGAGCCCAAAGCAAAGAAGAACAAGGAAAAAGACCUCACUCCUUGCAAAACCCUCAUCGAAGAAUUAGAGGCAUCAGAUGAUUCUUGGCCAUUCUUGUUCCCCGUGAACACCAAACAGUUUCCGACCUACAAGAAAAUCAUCAAAAUUCCCAUGGACAUUGAUACCAUCAAAAAACGCCUCGAAAACGGAGGCUACAAAACCCGCGAGGAAUUUCGGAGUGACGUCCGACAGAUCUUUGCCAAUUGCGAAGUCUUCAAUGAGGACGACUCGCCCGUGGGAAAAGCGGGUCACGCUCUCCGUACACUCUUCGAUACCCGUUGGGUCGAACUGAUGGGGCAGGAGACCUCCUCCAAGUGACGGGGGUCUCAAGGAACCAAGAUCUCUUACGUCACAACUCGACUGAUGUGGGCCAAUGACAAGGGGAAGCUAACUUGUUAUGAACACGCCUAAAAUGAUUUCAAGCCCACGCCCAAAUAUGUUUUCACGCAACCUUCUUUUACGUUUGGCGGGAAACCCAAACCGCCGUCCAGAUGAAACAAGGAACUCCGCAUUUGUUUUACACGAAAGUACAAGAAUCCUAAUCGCAAUUGGAAGUAAUUCCACCCACAGAAACGCACAGAAUCAAACCUCCCACUAACUAAUCCCCGUCUCGAUCACUCCAGUCAGCUUUUGAGCAUUUAGGGUCGGCCUGUCCGAACCGAAACAGAAUUAACCUAAUGACUUCAAGAUCAGUGGGCUUUCAGCUAUGUAUGCUCGUCAUCAAAAAGUUCACUCAGACGGUGGUAUUGGACAUUCCUCGCUGCCCCAUUGUGUCAAAAAAUAUUGUCGUUGUCCACGUAAACGGUGUGGUUUUACUAUUUGUUAAUUUAAAUCAGGCAGAUCCUGCCUUGGAAGAAUUGAAAAUGAUGUGAGCACCUUGGCUUAUAAUGAUACUAGUUCUUCAAACUUCGACAUGUGAUGUGAUAUCUCGCUUUGAUGGUACCUUAAGUGGCGUGGUGUCCAAAUAUGAAGAGCCACCCAUACAAGAAACACCACCACCACCACCACCACCACCACCAACCCCGCGUAACUGCACUCUUUUUCUAACGACCAUUAUCAGUCUUUUUCUCUCUCACACUUAACCAUUCAUUGUCUGUGUAUCCUCCUCGUGCUUCGGUCCAUUUUUAUGAGAUGUACACGAGAAAGAAUCCUUUGCAAUCGCAUUUCUAUAGCAGCCAAGAACCGCACUCUGGUGUCCAAAAUUGCUCACUACAUGUCAAUUUUCAACUUGUUUCUCAUCUGAAGUUGGAAAUGAAAAUAAAUAGUUAACUGAAAGCACU